AUGGGAAAGGAGACGGACCUUUGGGACGAUUCGGCCCUCAUCAACGCCUUCGACCAGGCCCUGAACAAGUACAAGGUCUCCCGCUCCUUCUCUAUAUUCGCCUGCGUUUUCAUGUUUGUUCUCUUGGUGGCCUUCAAUGCGUUCGAGUUGCCUUCAUUGAUUCCCUGAGAUUUAGGGCCGACACACGGCAAUCGUACUCGUUUUCUUUCUCUGAGCUUAUUCUGUUCUGACGCUCUCAUACUGGGGAACACUCGUGUUCAUCAGUACUAGUUUAUUCGGUUUCAGGGGAACACGUAAGGGUAGGGUUCUCACGUUUACCCCCAGACUUGUGCUAGGCACUCAGAAGAUGGUUGGACUUUAAGAAGUUGGAAUUGGUAUCACGUUUACCCACAAAGGUUUUUGGCCCUCCUUUGUUAAUUCUGCGGCGUCGGUGAUAGAACAUGGAAGUCCGUAGCUAGUCUGACUUGGUGAUGAAUUUACUAAAUAGGCCCACCGAAUCGAGUCUAGACAUGGCUUAUAAAUGCUCAAAGAAAAUGGACAGAGAAUCUUUUCGUUAAUUAAUACUGCCAUUAUAUCAGUGAGGGUCUUAAAAGUGGAAGAGGUAGGUGACUAAAGAGGAAUGGUAUUGGGAGAAUGGAAGAAGCUUAGGAAAUUAGGCACGUUGAAUGUAAACAUGGUAUAUAUCCAUUAGGAUAGUGAAAUGGUGCCUCUGUUUCUGUCUCCAUUCUUCAUUUGGCGGUUGUUGAUGAGGAUGAUGGUACUCUUCACUCUUUUUUUUUUCUCCAUAUCUUUAUUUUCUAGAGUCUAUGCGUUUUGUCUAUUAGGGAGUAUGAAUAGUUAACUUAUGCCAUGUUUUCCCAAGCACUAUCCUUUUUUAUUUCUAAAGAACUAUUAAGAAUCUUAAUUUUCUGAGUGUCGUUCUUUUCCCAUUAUUGUGCCCAAAGAAUAAAGUUUUUUUUUGGGGUCAUCACUCUAUGGAUGUUUCUUUGAAUCAGAUGUAUUUUACCACUGAAAAUCUUCAUACUUUUUGAUACUCAAUUUUAUUGGUUUGUUUAGGUUCUUUUCAUGUUCUACUUGGUUUGUUCAUUCUUUAAGUUUCAGCAUGAUCGUUCUUCUGUCACUGAGUGCUUGAUUUUCUCUUCAUAGGCAAUGCAUGUUGAAAAGUUUGAUGCCACUACUACAAGAGGUGAAAUUUCUGCUAAUAAUGAAAGUGAGCCUUCAAGUACUGAGCAGAUCCACGUGUGAGUAGAUGAAGAACUUUUGGUGUCCUCAGUGGAACCUCUUUGCAUGUUCAUUGAUGACGAACUCUUUUUGCUACAUUCUUCUCUUGUGACAAGUAACACCAUUUUUUUCUGUGCUACAUUCUUCUCUUUUUACUAUUUUCUAUGAUACUAUUUUGUCACCAUCGAAGGUUUUUUCCCCUAUGUUAUUCAAUUGAAGAAAAAGUUACCCGAAAUAGAGGAUACUAUGUUGUGUAGAUUUCAUGGUUAUAAAAAAUAGUAGCUAUUAUGGAAUAAGCUAGCCAUUGGCUUAUGAAUCAUGAGUGAUUUUGAUGCUAAGAUCUGUGGAAUCAUGCUAUCUUUCGAUUCUGGCUGUGCUGAACAUUCGUGGGCAACGUUUUAGGACUUCUGGCCGACGCGUGCAUAUUUCUUUUCACUAUUUUCACUUGAACGUAGUCAAUCAAUUUUAUGUCUAUAUAUUCACAUGAAAAAUACACUUUUAGCACACAAUUUCUAUACAUCUCUUGACUCUUUUCAUAAUUAUUUUUUAUAUUUUCCCUAAUCUCUGAAUAUCAAGUGCUUGCCACAGAUUUCCAUAUUGGUCAUGUCGUUUGUAAGAAUGCAACUGUCUUUGCGUGUAUAUUUAUUUUCUGCCAUUCGUCUUGUUAUCUAGAGAUGAAUGGUCUCCAAGAGGGAUUCUUCUCUUGCAUAUUUUAGUUUUUUGUUGUUGUUCGUCUUUGUACUUGCCUAUAGAGGGCUUUGUUCAUAGACAGGCACAUAUGCGUGUAUGUGCAUGUGCACGUUUGCUCAAUCACAUUGGCUCAAACACACACACACACACACAGAUAUUUUGCAUGUCUUAUAUACUAAUAUGAUGCCCUCAUUCUGAUUAUGAGUAAUAGUGAGGGGUAAAGUUCCAUCAAUUUCUGAUGUGCAUCUCACAAUGCCUAAUAUGAGAUACUUGUGGAAAGAGGGUCUAUGGGCCCUGCUGCAAAUCUUCAGUUUUAAAGCAAGAUCUACAUGUUUUUUCAUCCAAUGAACCUAAUCAACACUUGUAUGUUUAAUUAUAUUGAUGAUUAUAUGCAUAUUUCUCCAUUACAAGUUGUUGGCGAUUGAUGAUGCUGCACUUGAUAUUUGCAUUGAAAAAAAUUGCAGUUUGUGUUGACUUUCUCUCCAUCUUGUGUCUCAAAAAGUCAUGUGGAGUCUAAUUUCGCGAAGACUAGCCUAUCAGAGGUAGAGGCAGAGGCAGAGGCAGAGACAGAGGCCGAGGCAGUAUUGAGCCUUCCCUGUGGCAACAAUGAAACAGCUGAAGAAGCGUCCACCGUGCAAGAGAGCCAGCCUGAGGCUGGGCCGAGGUUUCCAGAAUCCACCUCGGCAGAAGACUGUACUCAACUGCUGACCCAGUACUAUGAACUCGAAGAAAAGAGGCAAAGAGUCAUUCAGCAGCUUCAGCAGGCAGGCUAUUGGAAUCAUCCGACCUCCACUCAGACACCGGAAGCUCCUCAGCGCCCUGAGAACUCCUACCCAGGUCCUCUAUUUCCUUAUCAGUGUGGCGCAGGCUUCUAUCCCUCUGAUUGCAGCUCUUUCUACCCAUACAAUGCCUGCGGGCCCUCAUCUCAGAUGCCUGCAAUGCCCACAGGUGCAUAUCACAGCAGCUGCUUCUCGUUCUUAGUCACCUUUUUUUUUUUUUCCCCCCUUCUUUCUCGCAAAGGUGAAAUGCUUGAUAUCCCGGAUAAUUAGUUUUAUUAUGAAUAGUUAGUUCCAUAUUCGAAAAUUUUAUAUAUUUCUUAGAUUUAUUUUAAAUAAAAUAGGAAAAAGUGGUGGGGCAGCAGUCGUGUGGUCAUGUUUAGAUGUGGUGGACGACGGACGCAUUGCUGAUGUGGUGCCGUGUGAUGAGUGUAUCAGGGGAGAGGGAGCAGGCGAAGGAGGAGGCGGCGAUGGAUGAUGUGGGAACGGACCUUGCCGUGGUUGUGAAUGCGUGGUACAGCGCCGGCUUCUACACAGGCAGGCAAGUAUUUCUUCAUCUCUCUAGCUAUCUUAUUGAUUUUUACUCUCUAG